GCUACAGCAGCAGCAAUAGUGGCGUGACUGGCGAGUCGCUGGCGAUAUCCCGCCACCACAAGUUGUCAUCCGCUGGGAGAGAGUUGCGUCUGUUGGUGUUGGAGGCCUCACCUGGGUACUGUGUUGUUGGAGAACAGGUUCCGUGGUGCUGGUGGCGUCACGAUGAACCCAGCAGCGGUGCCCACACCCCUCGAGGAUGUACAGGGGGAUGGGCGCUGGCUCAGCAUGCACAAUAGAUUUGUGAACCAAGCAAGAGAAAGUGAGCCUGAUGUUGUGUUUGUGGGUGACUCAUUAGUGGCCAGCCUUCAGUCUACUGAUCUAUGGGAGAAGUGGUUUGCUCCCAUGCAUAGUCUCAACUUCGGUAUUGGAGGUGACCAAACACAACAUUGUCUUUGGAGACUUCGAAAUGGAGAAUUGGAGUACAUAAAACCGAAGGCAGUUGUGGUGUUAGUGGGGACCAAUAACCAUGGACAUUCAGCUGCUGAAGUUGCUGGAGGUAUUACAGAAAUUUGCCAGACAAUUAAGGAAAAACAGCCAGAAUCCUAUAUAAUUGUUCUUACACUUCUACCCCGAGGAGAAAAACCUAACCCCCUGCGCGAAAAGAACAGUCAAGUCAAUACUCUCAUUAAGGAAGCUUUACGUCAAAUUGAAUUAUGCCAGGUGGUUAAUAUUGAUCGUGAGUUGGUCUUAGGAGACGGAACGAUAGAUCACCGAGACAUGUACGACUAUUUGCACCUUACAUCCCAGGGUUACCGACGUGCCUUUGAGCCAGUCUUCAUGCUUCUGACCAAUUUAUUGCAGGAAAAUGAUACUGCAAUCCUCAAUGAUGCUGCUCUUGCAUCUCCAGCUUCAGAUAAUCCCCCAGCAGACAACCGUGGAUCUUGUGCCGAGUAACUUGUAUAUGGCACCAAACCGGUCUAUCUACAGAUGAACACCACUGCCCUGGUUUCUUGACAACCUCAGACAUGACAUCAUAUGCUUGUAACACUGCUGCUUUAUAUUCUAGGCCCCAGAAAUAUGCUGAUCUACUUUUUGUCACAUGUGCAUUGUUGUUUGUCUGGCUUGCUUUAACCUUGUAGCACAUUCUUCAGUCACCUAACUGUUAGCUAACUGCUCAAUCUUGUCAGAUUUUGUUAAGAUUCUAGGUAAAGCUCCAUGCAACGUAGCAGAGACCUUACUACAUGUAUGGUAACAUACAGUAAAUAUACAACUACCCUCACUUAUCAUCUGCCAUUAAGAAACACCAUUCGUCUAUCAAAAUCUAUUUCACUAUGUCAGUACCAUUCGUGUUCCUCUCUAUUAUUGCAUUGUUUCUGCCUUUAAAGCAUCACUAAUCUUUUAUUAUUGCAUGAAGUAGACAUAUAAAGCCAUAUGACUGUCAGCUUGCUUAUAUUAUUUACUGUAUUUUUUAAAUGAACUUACAAAACUAGAGCACAUGUUAACCAAUUCUAAAUUUUUUACUGAAAAUUUCUUUAUAAAGUUUUAGAAGAAACUUUAACUAACUUUAGUAUUGAAAACUAAUCUGUAGGUGAGGUUUGUGCAUCAAAACUAUAUUUUUCAUGGUGAUACUAAUUGGAUUAUUUUAUUUUAUUUAUUAAUUUAUUUUUUCCUUUGUGUGGGAGUAGAAAUUUCUGUGGGUAUUAAAUGUAUGCUUUAUUUUAUGAAUAAUAUAUAAAGGGUCUGAGACAUUCACAAAAUGGUUAUGGAUGUACAAUUUGGUUUGCACAAUAUCACAAAAAAAAGCUUUUGGUAGCUGGUAACUGAAUAUGGUUUGUGUCAUGAAAUUUCUUACUUGAUCAGUUUCCAUUGUAAUGAUGUUAUUUAUUAUAUAGACGGAGGCUGUAUAAGCAGUAAAUUUCUUUUGAUAUAUGAGGAAGAGUUUGAGUUCAGUGAUGCUUCUGUGUUUUUACUUCUGCCUGCAUACUAGACAGUAAUUACUGAGCAGUAAUGAGUGAUGCAGUUGUAACUGACGAGUUGUAAAAUCAUCAACUGUAUUGUGCAGGAAGAACUUGGAGACUCGCAGUACAGUAUGAUGACUGCAUGCAGCUUACAGGAUAUUUGAGAAUCAGCUUAUGCGAGGGGUUGUCAAAGUGCAGGGGUCCACCAGCUCCGGGUUUGUGGUGAACAACGCAUUCCUAGAAACCAAAGUCUAGAACAGAAGGACUUGCUAAGCCUGUUCUUGUGAUACAGUUUAAGUGAUCUUAUUUUCAUUAUUUAAAUUUUUGUUAUUACUAAUGUUGUUACUUGUACAUUUGCAUUUCCUUUGUUUUAUAAUGCACUUGUGCAACUGCUUAUUAUUAUUUUUUCAUCAUCAGUGUACAGGACAGUGCUGUGUGGUUUGGGUAUAGGUACACAAGUUUUAGCAGUAUACAAGUAAAUUUGCAUGUAAUAUUUGUAUUAAGGAAGUGGAUGUGAGUAGUAUCUAUUUUGUACACAGUAUUUAUUAUAUACAGAAAGAUUUCUGUACAAUAUUUUGGCAAUUAACAUUGGGGCAUAAUAUUUGUGUUGAUGAAGGUGCUGAAUCUAGUCUCAGUGAAAUAGUUCAUGGUCAGUCUAGUGCCUGCAUACAUGAACUGAGGAAAAUGUUUGAAUGAACCUUUGCUUCUUUAGGUGCACCCAAUGUCAUCAGUGUUCAAUGAUAUUUAGUGAACUCUGGAGCUGUACCUACAUUUUUGUACUUCUCACUUCCAGUACUAUUGCUUCAGACUCAAAUGAUAUUGAGGUACAGUUUAACUUUCCAACUGACAAUGAAUUUAAUGAUAAAGUGAUAAGGACUUAUUAUUACAUUGGUAAUUGAGUGUAACAUUCCACAAAUAAUCUACUUGAUAAUAUAAUAUUAUUAUUUUUUUUGCAUCUAAAAUAAUUUGGUAAUGAAAUGUUUAUUCAUAUGUUCCAUAUGUGGAAUAUUAGUGCACCUUAUUAUGUUUUGAUUUAGUAAUUCAGCUUAUGAGACAGAUUUCAUAAUCAGAUUGUCCUGUACUUUUAAGAUAACCUAAGCUCAGUGUUUUUGACUGCAAAUCACUGUACAUGUAUACCUAUGUAUUUACAGCUUGUUAUAGAGAAAGGCUAGCAAGACAUAUACAGUACUGUAACAGAGUUCUGCUAUUGAACUUAUACAUUAUCAACCCAUGUGACUGUUGCUGAUCUAGUGCACCAAUGAUACUCUCAUUUGGCACCCAUUUUUAACAGCCAACUAUAAACUGAAUACAGUAUUUAUUUUUUGAAAUUAUUAUUGGUUGUGUAGUUAUUUUAAGGACUACAAGAGGUUUAUCAAAAUUUGCUAACCUCAGGCUUUACAGAAAUAUAUAGUGGCAAUAUUUUUUUUACAGUGUUUACACAAUUGCUAAAAUGCUUAGCAUGGCUAUCAGUUGAGUCUUGUUCUCUUUAGUAUAGGCAGAAUGAAACCUGCCAGCUGGCAGACUAGUAUAUACAGAGCUCAGCAUGAUGCAGCAUUGUCCUUCAGGUAGGAAUUUUUCUCACCCCUUUGAUGUUUUCAUUCAUCUUAGAAACCCAACUUCCUGCUGUGGUUUUCAUUACCAAAGAAUUCACUCUAAAGUUGAAGCAUUUUUAUGUUAAGUUAACCUCUCAUUCACAGACGUUUACACGUGACAUUAAUUUCCAGGCAUGCUAGUGGCGGAAGUUAAUUAGGUUCAGUAUGGCCAAGAAAUUGGGUUUUUGUAGGAAUUGUAAUUGGUUUGAAGUUAAUUAUGUUUUAAUGGGAUCAGUUGAGGAAUUGGACAUGUCAUAUUGCUCACAUAUACUAAAGAUUUAAUUACAAUUAAGAAUCUCAUAAGUUUAGUUCACUUUGCCAUAUAAUAAUGACAGACCUGAGGUGUUAUGUCCAGGUUAGUUUGAUGCACCUUAUUCUCUCAGAAGAGUAAUAUAUUUUAUAUUAUUCAGGGUGUAACAUCAACAUUUUCCUCAAAGAUGCAUUUAUGAAUGUUAAAGAGAUUUUUUACGUUCUAUUGCCCACAGUCAGCUUUGAGUGGUAAUUACGAGUCUGAAUACUCUAAUUAUUUUCUUUUGGUGGUUCAAUGCAGCCUGUCAAGGUUUAGGGGUAAACAUAUCUGUGUACAUAUCCAAUUACUGUUUUCUCCUGACAUCCUCCUAAGGAAGAAAAGGCCUAACUAGUUUCUAACAUGAGGUGAUUUUUAUCUCUUCAAGGCCUAGAAUGUUUUUCCAACAGCAUGUUUACCCCAAAUUAUGGUAACAACAAAUGUUAAGAAAAAUUCCAUUCUCAAUAGUGUAUAUUUUUUAUGCUGAAAGACUGAGCAAAAUUUCUGUGUAGAAUAAUUUUUAAGCUCAAAGUUGUUAAGGUUAACUGAUAAUUAGCAGGAUGUCCUCAAAGGUAAUGCAUUUAUGACAUGGUUUAGGUUGCUCUAAGAGAGCAUUCAUUUUAGACCGAUAGUUGCUAUGAAUGAUCACGUGUAUGCACUCGCUGCUCUACUGUAUUUAGUUUGAUAUUUAUCUUUAUACGUACACAUGCCCAAUUAUAGUGCAGCUCACCCAUUCUCUGUUCCUGUAUAAAACUAUACUAUUAGACGAGUGUCAGUGCUGUACGGUGUGUGUUUCCUCCGAACCCGUGGUUCACUUUAUUACGCAAUGUACUGUACAGUACAGUACAGUAUUCUAUGUUUUGAAUUAUUACUUAGUGUCAUUUAUGACCAAAAGCAUUCGUUCUCUUACUACUUGGUGUUGUCACAGGUCAAUAUUUUCACAAGAAUCACAGUAGCUUCUUGUAAUGCUUGUGGAGAAUAUAUCACAUUACUUGUAGUUUUUCUUUUUGAAAAACUUUAGCUGCCAGACUUUUAUUACAUGUGAGACUUUAAGUUGACAUCCACCAUGUUGCAUUUUAGCUUUAAUGAUUCAUUUAAAUUCUGGUCUUCAGUUUAAUUAAGUAAUGACUACUAUGCUUUACAUUAAGAAGACAAAAGACACUGGUGGCAACACAGCAAUGCUAACCUACAAAGGCUCUUGUGCACCUGUCUGUUUUAUGUAUAAUUAAAUUAUUUACAGUUA